AUGUGCCACGAAAACCCCAACUGGCUAACCAUCUUACCGACAAUUCUGCUAGGGCUAAGAACGGCGCUCAAACAAGAUCUGCAAUGUUCGCCUGCCGAGAUGACAUACGGCUCGCAGCUGAGAAUCCCUGGCGAAUUCUUCUUUAGCGCGCAGACCGACGACGGGUACGAAGACCCAGCAACAUUCGUCGGACUACUAAAAGAGCACAUGAGAAAGUUGCAGCCGGUACCCGCAACAGCCCACGACAAGCGAAAAGUGUUCGUGCACCAGGAGUUGCAGAGAUGUAGCCAUGUCUUCUUAAAGGAAGACGCCGUGAAACGACCCUUACAGCAGCCGUACACAGGCCCCUACGAAGUCCUUGAAAGGCGAGAAAAUAACGUCAAAAUUGACGUCAACGGCAAGGCAGUCCUAGUUCACCUGGAUCGCCUCAAACCAGCAUUCUUGGCACAGGACGUCGCUGAACCCCAACCUCCACAAACCGUCCCUUUUUCGGCCAGCCGCGCCUCCAGGGAGGAUAAGAGAUCGACCCGACCUCCGAUUAGAUUUCGCGACUACAUUCCGCAUUGA